AUGAAUUGCACAAACCUUGUAGAACUUCGUAUGGGAUUCAACAACUUGGAAGGCCAUAUUUCCAUGCUUAAUUUCUCCAAGCUUGGUCAACUUAGUAAACUUGACAUGCGGAAAAAUAACUUCUGUGGUAUCUUGCCAAGAAGCCUAUACUCAUGCAAGUCCUUGAAAGCAAUUCGACUAAGCUAUAAUAAUCUAGAGGUUCAAAUACACCCUGAAAUUCUUUCCUUGAAAUACUUGUCCUUCCUCUCACUUGGUUGGAACAAACGUUUGACCAAUGUGACAGGGGCAAUGAAGAUACUGAUGGACUGCAAAUGUCUCGUAGUGCUUUCCUUGGCAUCUAGUUUUUUAGGUGAGGAACUGCCAAAUGAUGUUGAAAUGGUGGAUUUUAAUGGAUUUCAAAAUCUUCGAAUUUUAGAUUUGAGUUCAUGUAACCUUGGUGGUAAAAUUCCUUCAUGGUUAUCGAAGCUCAAAAAGUUACGGGUCUUGGAUCUGAAUCACAACAUAACCACUGGCUCAAUUCCAACUCAAGUAGAUCGUAUUUCUAUUGAACUGCCUAUCUACUACCGUCCUAGUGUCGAUUGCAACACCUUUACACUCCUCAAAGUGUUGGAUCUUAGCAAUAACAACCUUUCUGGUAAUAUUCCAGACCAGUUAUCUUACCUCAAGGAUGUGGAGGCAUUGGAUCUCUCCAUGAACCAUUUGUCUGGAAAAAUUCAGGCAUCCACCGCAAGUCUUCAUUUCUUAUCAAGUUUUAAUGUCUCAUACAAUAAUCUCCAAGGGCCAAUACCAUCAAGCACUCAGCUCCAAAGUUUCGAUGCCUCUGCAUUUGAAUGGAAAAUAAAAUUUUGUGGUGCCACUUACACAUAA